CUGAGACCAACUCAGAAACCUCCAAGUCUCAGGCUGAAGCUCCUGUGCUCACCCUCCGAUAUGAAAGUCUCUGCAGCACUUCUGUGUCUGCUGCUCACAGCAGCUGCCUUCAGCACCCAGGUGCUCGCUCAGCCAGAUUCAGUUUCCAUCCCAAUCACUUGCUGCUUUACUGUGAUCAGUAGGAAGAUCCCCUUCAAGAAGCUGGACAGCUACACGAGAAUCACCAACAGCUGGUGUCCCCAGGAAGCUGUGAUCUUCAAGACCAAAGCGGACAAGGAGGUCUGUGCUGACCCCAUGCAGAAGUGGGUCCAGAAUUCCAUAAAGCUCCUGGAUCAAAAGUCCCAAGCCCUGAAGGCUUGAACCUUCGUACCUGGACUGAGAGACAGUCAGAGCCUUGGAAAAUCUUAUUUAUUUCCCCCCCAACCUUCCCCAGCUGUAUUAUUUUAUUAUAAUGUCCAAAAAGAGG